ACAAUCCAACAUCAAACCGUCUUUCGGGCCAUCAAACGAUCCAACAAGGACGCCAUCAGACGUCCCUCGGGUGUUCCAUCAGAAGCUCCCACGGCAUCGAAGAAGGGGGGCAAGAAUAAAAUAAAGGGGGAGAGGGAAACGUCUCACCCGACACGAUCACCAACGACACUGCCGACAUCAUUGCCUGAGAGUUUGACACUAGAUUCGAUCAUGCCCGUCGCUGAGCUGCCAGCAACCGAGAGACCCAUAGGGCACCCUAGCUCGACUAUCGACCCGUCUCCACCGCCAACGGGAUUGCCGUCUCCUGUUCCAGCAGACUUGACCAAUGAGCCAACCGAAGCUCCUUCAACAGGAUCAACUUCAGGGCCGGCUACUGACCCGUCUCCCCCGUCAACGAGAUUUCCUACUCCUGUUCCAACAGACUUGACCAAUGAGCCAACAAGAGUUCCUUCAACUGGAUCAACUUCAGGGAUGCCGUCCUUGGACCCAUCAAUCCAGCCAACUCAGCUACCCACAGACGGCCCGGUAACUGAAUCUCCUUCGGAGUUUCCCACGGCAUAUCCAACGAUGGUUCGUUUUGCUGCGCUAACACGAUUUCCGACGAACGAGCCACAGCCUGAAAACGAAUCCAAGAAACAGCCUGAGUUCAAAGUUGCAGAGGGGAGCCCCACAAGCGAUCCAACCCUGUCACCAACAGAUUCACCAAGCGUCUAUCCCACAAUCUUCUCGACGCGAUUCCCCACAGUCAGCCCUAUCUCACCAGAUCCCACAACCAUUCCAACGAGUGCGGAUCAUGGUGCCGAAAGCCCCGAGUUCUCUGAAAGCGAAGAGAAACCCAUCACAACCGCUCCAACAACAGUUCCAACAGAAGAGCCUACUUCAACCAGAAUCUCUCCUUCCACAUAUCUUCCGCAAUAUUUCAUGUAUGAUGCCAAAAAAGGGUCUUGGGUGUCAAAUAAGCAUGCAGAAGAGAGUCCCCCAACUCAAAUACCGACAGCGCUGAGUGCUUUGCCAAGUCAAACUCCUGUUGAUGCUUUGACUCAAUCACCAACACCAGAUCUCGUCACUGUAGCUCCCACAACAAUCCCAAAAGAAGAGCCCUCAACCAUGCCGUCUUCCUCCGUGAAUCUUCCGCAGUCUUUUAUGUAUGAUGCCGAGACAGGUACUUGGGUCAUAAAGAAACAAGCAGACGAGAUCCCCGCAGUUGACCUAGCUCCGCCGGGGGUAGAUAAACCGAGCACCCCUUCUGUUGCUUCGGCAGAAUCUCCCACUCCAGAAACCACGGCUGCUGGGCCCACAACUGGCUCAACAAGAGCACCAUUAACCCCGAAUCCGUACUCCAUCCCACCCUCUACCCAUCUGCCAUAUCACUUGUGGAACACAUAUGAUUCAUCUACAAGUGCACCAACAUCCGAUUCGGGUAAACUUACUUACUUUUCUGUAGGAAGAAGCAACAUCUUCGUUCACACAGCAAGAACGACAAGUUCUGCUGGCGAUGAUGAUGAAGAACGCCGAUUGAAGCAGAAAGGAUCGAAGGACGACCAUGCCAAAGCCGGUGGGUUAGGGAGGAGUGGAGAGGGCAAAAAGAAAGGGUCGAGGGAUCAUACCAUCACUUCCAGCCCAUCAGAGGGUCCAACAAUUGAAACACCGUUGCCCACUGGGCAUCCAACGACCACGCCAAUGGUUAUCCCUAGACCUGCAAGCGUGUCAUUGGAUUCAUGGGACUCAGUAGACUCAUCAGACUCAUCAACAGAUUCGCAAACAUCUCCUGCUGUAGCCGAACAACAAACGUCAAGCCAGGAAACACCGGUUGAGACAUCAAUUUUCUUUCCAAGAUCAAAGCUUGUGACCGUGUCCGAGUCCAGGCCUACGUACACGCCAACCACGACUGCAUUUCCCACGGAAACUCCUUGGCCAUCAGCAACCGCAUUUCCAACCAAAGUUCCGAGCACGAGCAACUCGACCUCCAGGGUUUCCAACGAAUCUACCGAUUACGGCUCGGGCAACUCGACCUCCAAUCGACGUUCCAACGAGCCUUCCAAUCGAAGCUCGGGCAACUCGACCUCCAAUCGACGUUCCAACGAGCCUUCCAAUCGAAGCUCGGGCAACUCGACCUCCAAUCGACGUUCCAACGAGCCUUCCCAUUGGGGCUCGGACUACACGACCUCCAACAAAAUUGCCGACGACACUUCCAAUUGGGGCUCGGACAACUCGACCUCCAACAGAACUGCCCACGACCCUUCCAAUUGGGGCUCGGUCGACACGGCGGCCAACCGAUUAUCCAACGAAACGCCCAAUACAGGUAGGGGGGCGGGCUCGAUCGACACGACGUCCAACCGAUUAUCCAACGAGACGCCAAAUAGGGACACGGGCAACCCGGCUUCCAACUGUGGCUCGCAUUACAUAUUCACCGGAUGCAACACCACAACCAGCGACAUCAUCGCCAUCAACAGAUGGAACAGACAGCUCUUUGCGAGGAGGGCCAUCGUCGCUUUCACGUCCUUGGCCAAAGCCUGA